CCGCCAGCAAAACGCCGCAAGACUACUACUCAAGUCGACGAGUUGAAAUUUGACCCAGAGGCACGCAAUGAAUGGCUCACCGGCUUCCGCAAGAGAAAGCAACAGCGCAUCAAGCACGCCCAAGAACAGUCGGCCAAGAUUGAAAAGGAAGAGAAGGUCAAGGCGAGGAAAGAGAUGCGCGAUCAACGAAAAGUAGACCUAGAACGCCAUGUUGCCGAAGUAAACGACCUGCUCAGAAAAGCGAACAAGGAUUCAGACGACGAAGACUCCGCCGCAGAAGACGACGAGGAAUGGGAUGGCAUUGCUUCGCCGCCUAGACCUUCCAUCGACGGUGUAGACGAGUACGUUGACGAGGACAAAUACACAACCGUGACCAUCGAGGCCAUGGAAGACGCAAAGGCUUUCACAAAAGACUCGGACGACGAAGCGGAGACCGCUGUGGUCAAAGAGGACGCUGAUGCCAAGGAUGAAGCUGUGGUCAAGAAGAAGACGAUGUGGUCAAAAGGCAAGAAGGUGGAUUUCAAGGACAAGCCCAAGAAGAAGAAGUUCAGAUAUGAGAGCAAGGGUGAGAGAAAGGAGACUCGCAACAAGCAAAGGUCAAAGAACGCCGCUGCGAAGAAGGCCAGGACGGAAAAGUGA